UCUGCGCUCCGACGCCGGCUGACACAUUAACAGCUCUCCGCUCCAUCACUGCACUGCUCCGAGCUGCGCGUCUCGCAGGCUCUGGGACUAGACACGUAUUCCAUGCUACACUUCGGAAGCUUUGGUGGCCUCCCACUGUGAAACUCCUUCUGACGCCCACUUGGAGGUCUGGAGCAACCUUUGAAGGCCUCGGGUGUACAGUUGGUCACCAGCAAGCUGACAGAGAUGAAGACAUGUGCUAUGUUUCUGGCAGCUCUGCUGCUCCCCAGCAUUCAAGCAGUGUGUCCAGAUAAAGAACCAGGACUGCAGCCAUGGAUGCCUGGGCACAGUGAAGACCAUCGUGUUACAAUUGGUUAUGGCAGGAAGGUCCUUCUUACAUCUUCAGCUACGGUCAACUCCAUUGAGAUUCUCAAUGGAGGAAAGCUGGUGAUUGCUGACACCAACCGGGCCAUACUGCUUCGGACAAAAAGCAUUCUGAUUGGUAACAAAGGGGAGCUGCACAUUGGAAGCCCAGACUGUCCUUAUAAAGGCAACUUCACCAUCUCCCUCUUUGGAAGAUUGGAUGACAGUGAUACAGAACACAGCUAUUUUGGGAGGAAGUACAUUGGUGUGGGGACAGGAGGGACACUAGAGAUCCAUGGACAAAAGAAGCUGUCAUGGACAUUUCUCAACAAGACCCUCCAUCCUGGAGAGAGCAACCAAAACAACUACCUGUUCCAGAGAAGUUGGGGGAACCGAGGCAUCAUCGUCCACAUUAUGGACCCCAAGACCGGAGAGGUGCUGCAUAAUGACAGGUUUGACACAUAUCGUAGUAAGGAUGAGAGUCGCCGCCUUGCAAAGUAUGUGGAUGGUGUGGAGAUGGGAGUCAUACUGGCCAUGGUGGUCAAUGACGAGGGCUCCAACAACUUGGAGGACUCGGCCAAGAAGAGCCUCUCCAGGCUGGGCAGCCAACACAUCAACAGUCUAGGAUUUCGGCAUCCCUGGACCUUUAUAGUGAAGAAAGGUGACACUUCUUCUGCUGUGGAGGGUCAUGCUGUCUAUCAAGGAACCAAGUCCUCCUCAGAGGCCACGAGCUCUUGUGUUUUUCAGACGAGUUAUGAGGAGCAUUUUAGGAUCACAGCCAGCAGUCAGUGGGUGCAAGAGGCAGAGUGGACAGAAUGGUUUGACAGGGAUGAUGAGAGGGGAUCUGGAGACUGGGAGAAGGUGUCUGACCUGCGUACGACCUACCCAGACAAACUGUGUAGCAGUCCACUCAACAUCCAGGCUGAAACACAUGGUGGCAUACCAGCCAACCAGACCGGAGAUGUGAUUCACAAGAAUGACAAGGACUACGGCUUUGUCUGCCUCAACAAGGACCAGGCUCAUGGCCUUUGUCGCAACUACAGGGUCCGCUUCCUCUGUGGAAAACUGGUUCGUCCACAGGCCUCCAUCUCUAUCGACAUGUUGUCCAACAGCAGCAUCCUGGAGCUGGCCGACCAACCAGAUGGCUGGGGGUCUGGGGAUCAGAUAGUGGUGGCCAGUACUGACUAUUCCAUGCACCAGGCUGAAGAGUUCACCCUGUUGCCCUGCCCUACCUGCACAUCGAACCAGGUCAAAGUCCAAGGUAAGGCCCAGUUCAUCCAUAUGGGUGAGGAAGUGGAUGGGGUGGAUAUGAGAGCAGAGGUGGGCCUCCUAAAGCGUAACAUCCUGAUCCGUGGGGAGAUAGAGCCUGGCUGCUAUGGCAACGAGGCCUGCACAUUCUUCGACUUCGACACUUUCGGCGGACAUUUAAAGGUGGAGCGGGGAUUCAGGGCAGUUCAUAUAUCUGGGGUGGAGCUGCAGCACAUGGGCCAGCAGACAAUGGGACAUUAUCCUAUCCAUUUCCAUAUGAAUGGAGAUGUGGAUGAGAGGGGAGGCUACAACCCCCCAACUACUGUCAGCGAUCUAUCCAUCCACCACUCCUUCUCCCGCUGCGUAACUAUCCACAGCUCCAAUGGACUGCUGGUAAAGGAUGUGGUGGGCUAUGACACACUGGGUCACUGUUUCUUCACGGAGGAUGGUCCAGAAGAGAGGAACACAUUUGACCACUGUUUGGGUAUGAUGGUGCGAGCCGGGACCCUGCUGCCUUCAGACAGGGACAGCAAAAUGUGCCGUAACAUCACUGAAGGAGCCUACCCAGGAUAUGUUGCCAACCCGCGGCAAGACUGCAGUGCAACUUCAACUUUCUGGAUCGCCAACCCCAGUAACAACCUCAUCAACUGUGCUGCUGCAGGCUCAGAGGAAACAGGUUUCUGGUUCAUCUUCCACCAUGUGCCCACUGGUCCCUCAGAGGGGCUGUAUUCCCCUGGACGUACUGAGCACACACCUAUGGGCCAAUUCACCAACAACAGAGCCCAUUCCAACUACAGGGCAGGAAUGAUCCUUGAUAAUGGAGUAAAGACCACCCAGGCGAAUGACAAGGACAAGAGACCCUUCCUAUCUCUGAUCGGAGCCAGGUAUGGCCCCCACCAGGAUGCAGACCCCUUUAAACCCAGAGUCCCUGCUCUAAUUCACCAUUUUGUAGCCUAUAAGAACCAAGACCAUGGAGCCUGGCUGAGAGGAGGGGAUGUCUGGCUGGAUGACUGCCAAUUUGCUGAUAAUGGUAUUGGCCUCACUCUAGCAAGUGGAGGGACAUUCCCAGAUGAUGAUGGCUCUCAUCAGCAGGUGAAAAACUCACUGUUUGUGGGUGAAAGUGAAAAUCGUGGAAUGCCCCUCCUUGACAACAGGAUCUGGGGCCUCGGGGGUUCUGACCUUAUUGGAAGAACUCUGCCACGUGGCAUUGAUUUUCCUAUCCGGGGCAUGCAGAUCUAUGACGGUCCCAUCAACAUGCAGAACUGUACAUUUCGGAAAUAUACAGCGCUGGAUGGACGGCACACCAGUGCCUUUGGCUUCAGGCUCAACAACUCGUGGCAGAGCUGCCCCAACAAUAACAUCACUGACAUCAUCUUUGACCAAGUACCUAUCACGUCUCGGGUCUUUUUUGGGGAGCCGGGUCCCUGGUUUAAUAAGAUGCAGAUGGACGGGGACAAGACAACCAUCUUUCACGAUAUCGACGGCUCAGUCAGCGAGUAUCCAGGAGCCUUCCUGGUUAAAGAGGACAACUGGCUGCUCCGGCACCCCGACUGCAUCGACGUGCCCAACUGGAAGGCAGCUAUCUGCAGCGGCCACUAUGCACAGAUCUACGUCCAGACGCGUAACCCUGCCAAUCUAAACAUGCACAUAGUGCGGGAUGAGUACCCUGACCGGCCCCUGACACUAGAGGGCGCACUGGGGAAGAAGAAACACUACCAGCAGUUCCAGCCAGUGAUCACACUAGCCAAAGGAUACACCAUCCACUGGGACCAGACGGCGCCUGCUGAGGUCACCAUCUGGCUCAUCAACUUCAACAAAAAUGACUGGCUCAACGUGGGGCUCUGCUAUCCACAAGGCACUAACUUCACCAUCAUCUCCGAUAUCCACAAUCGCCUUACCAAGCAGACCCACAAGACCGGUGUCUUCAUGAGGACAACGCAGAGGGAGAAGAUCAACCACUCACACCUGGCCAGAGGAUACUACUACUGGGAGGAAGACACUGGCCUGCUUUUCCUGAAGGUAAAGGCCCAUAACAGCAGGGAACAGUUUGCCUUCUGCUCUGUCAAGGGCUGUGAGCGGGUGAAGAUCACAGCUGCAAUCCCUAAAGGCAGUCCUCCCAGCAACUGCAUGGCCCAGGCCUACCCAAAACAUGCUGAGCUGCCUGUUGUGGAUGUACCAAUGCCCAGAAAGCUACCCAAUACCAGGCUGCACUCAACAGACCACUUCCUGGAGGUGAAAUUGGAGUCCUACAACACUAGAUUCUUCCACAUCAAGGAAGACUUUGCCUUUACUGAGGUGAAUGGCAGGAAGUUGUACCAACCAGAAGAUGGGGUGCAGUUGACAGUAAUUGAUGGUCAUGACGGGCAGGUGGUUGACAGCAAAGUCUUCAGGAACUCCAUCUUACAGGGCAUCCCUGCACAGUUGGACAACUAUGUCAGUGGACUGAGAGACGGUUCCAUCAUCCUCAUUACAUCUAAGGGACGUCUGUUUACAAGAGGAUCCUGGACUAAAGUCCUGGAAAGACUCGGAGCAGACAAAGGCAUCAAAUUUAAAGAUAAGCUGGCAUUUGUGGGCUUCAAGGGCUCCUUCCACCCUGACUGGGUCCAUCUGGAGGUGGACGCCAACCGAGCCAAGAUCCAUCAGGUCCUGCCUGUCCCUGUGUUCCACAAGAUGAAGUUAUGAGAAGCAGGCAGAGUGGGGAGGACAGCCAUCAGACUAUGUAGUCCCCUCCAAGCCUCACCCCCACACAGACACACACACACACACACACACACACACACACACACACACACACACACACACAUACACUAAAAAAGUGCAUGUACACACACACAUAAAACAUACUUCCAGCCCUACAGAGUUGGUUGCUCCAAGCUAUUGUCCAGGAUCAGUGGUGUUUUUUCUGUGUUUGGCAGUGACAAAGAAUGAUAUGAUUUGGUUUGUUGACCCUUGAAGACCCUCUCCCAGAGCCAGCACUGCCCACAAUGAACUAUAUCUAUAUAAGUCAUCAGUAGAGGACUGUAAGGUGACAGCACACCCUCUGGCGGCCAUAUUGGAGGUCCUUGAGUUCUUCAGCAACAAUGGUCAGAACAAGCAAUGGUGUUUGCAGACAUUACCAUAGACAGAUAUUAAUACAAUACCUUAGUAUACCAUUAAUAUACCACUAUCCAUUGGUAGAUAUUGGUUCAGACUCAGAGUGUCAUUGCUACUCAUUGGAUUUGGUAAGCUACCCAAACAUGCAAACAUCUGUUUUAUGUACCAUCUAACAUGGGCAUAAAUAUAGGCUACAUUCACAACAUUCGCUCAAUUUCCAUUUCUCUCCACAUCUGAUCUUUCUGCCUAGACUCUUCACAUUUAUAUUUUGCGUGACCCAUAUCUGAUAUCAGUGUGAGCAGAUUUCUGCCCUGAAACACCUCACAUGCAACCAAGGACACAUACACAUACGCACGUUGGAACAACAACAAAAAAAAUGUUGCAUUUGUGAGACACAGGCAUUUUGGAAAAAAUUGAAUGACAUGGCGGUGCCAGCAUUCAUCUCCCGAAUGGUUUCCUGUGGAGGUUGAAUGACAAUUCAUCAUUUGUUAAGGCUGAGGGUGAGAAGACAAAGGAACGCACAAGCCAUAGCUAUAGCUCCAUUAGCAGCUACUGACCUAGAGUCAAGAGAGGUGGGGCAGCGAUGUGAAGGGUUGUACAGAAGAACAGUCCCCCCCAAACUUUACGAUGUCUGGGGCUACAUUCCAAUAUCUCUGUCGGCACCUCACAGCAAUGCCGUCACCGCAGGGCUCAAAAUGUAGGCAAACUGCCCCAUCAGAAAGUGUCUGGCACUAUCGGCUGGUGACAGCUUACUGCAGCAGUUUUACAGCUAUGGCAGCCUACUGUAGUUUCAACAGCCUGCAAUGACAUAAAAGCAAAAGUGGGAAUGGAAGUGUCCCAAAUCUGACUGACAAAAAAAAAAUGUAUGUCUCUGUCACACUUCUGAAAAAAAUCAGAUCUGUGUCAUAUAAGAGCAAAAAAAGAAAAAAGUAUUUGGGCCACAUUUGCUUGUAAUAUGAUCGUAGCCUUAGUUUCAUGUUAACAUUAACAGUGGCCUAUUUUCAAUUAAUUUGGCCAAGCCAAAAACUUGAACUGACUCAAGUCCAUCCUUUUUGUACAUAGUCUGUCCUCUAACACACUUUUCUAUCCAGACUCUGACAUCUGUGGAAAAUAUGCCGAUACCCUUUGGUGUCACUGUUGGAUGACACUGUUAGAAAGAGCAGUUUGAUGAUGUCAAGGUCGAGCUAUUCUUGGAAUGAACUAGUUCAUAUGACGUGUCAUAAUUCAUGUCUAAAGGCAAAAUAAUCAUUCACAGUUACAGACAGGGUGAAGGCCUUGCAGUUAUUGUGAAGGGCAAGAUGUGUUAAUUGUUAAUUGGGCACACAAACCAAUGAAAAGAGACUGACCAAAAAGGUCAGUCUCUUUUCAAAGGCAUCCAUGAUCUUGAACUUAUUUGUACACUAAAACCCCACUGUUUUAAGAAUGACAAAGAGAAUCUCAGAAGUUCAUACCCAUCGUCCAUAGCCCCACUGAAUGGCUGUUUCUCCUGUCUUGCUGCCUUGGUCGACACUUACUAGGUGGAAUCAGUCUACUGACUCACUUUUCUCUCACUUACGUUUAAAAAGAAAGGCAUUCCAUUUCAGUGUGAUUUUGAAUGGUGGAUCCUCUUGGACACCGUGGUGCAAACUUGGUAUCACUUCCCCAGUUGUGAGCAUCAGGCCCAGAGUGGGACUAAUUUUCAGCCCUGGAGUUUCAUGCCUCAGACCGGCCAACUUUAGAUCACAACCUAUUAUAACCUUACAUGUUAAGUCUACAAUAGCGCACUGUUCUCUAAAGCCUUGUAAUUCAGUGUAUUUUUCUAAAAUAUUUCCAAUUCAGUGCAAAUAAGGGUUGCUUCACAAUGUAGAUUUAUUUCAACAUGAGUGCACAUCUCCAACAUUAUUCUUUACAACACAACAUCCUUUUCAACAAUAUCAGAAUCUAUAUUCUGUUCAAAUAAGUGUUCACAGAUAUCCAAACCUUAAAAAUGAAAUAAAAGAAUAAAUAAAAAUAUUAAAUAUUAAAUUUGAAAAAAUAAAAAAUAGAAUAAAAAGUGAACAGACAUGUCCUGUGAUUUUCAGCCUUCGAUGAUUAUAUUUACCCUU